AUGGAGAAUAGUACAGAGGUGACGGAUUUCAUCCUGGUGGGGCUAACCAAUGCUCCAGAAGUUCAGAUUCCCCUCUUUACUGUGUUCACCCUCAUUUACCACAUCAGUGUUUUUGGAAACCUGGGGAUGACCACGUUGAUCCUGCUGGACUCCCAUCUACACACCCCAGUGUACUUUUUCAUCAUUAAUCUGUCUUUGGUGGACUUUGGCUACUCCUCAGCUGUCACACCAAAAGUGAUGGCUGGGUUUCUUAGAGGAGACAAAGUCAUCUCAUACAAUGCCUGUGCUACUCAGAUAUUCUUUUUCGCAGCCUUUGCCAGUGUGGAAAAUUUCCUCUUAGCUUCAGUGGCCUAUGAUCGCCAUGCAGCAGUGUGUGAACCCCUACAUUACACCACCACCAUGAAAACGAGUGUGUGUGCCUGUCUGGCCAUAGGCUCCUACAUCUGUGGUUUCGUGAAUGCCUCCAUCCAUGUUGGGGGCACGUUCAGCCCUUCUCUGUGUAAGUCCAACGUGGUCCGUCAGUUCUUCUGGGAUAUUCCAGCUGUCACGGCUCUCUCUUGCUCUGAUAAACACGUUAGCGAGGUGGUUCUCGUUUUAAUUUCAAGCUUUAAUGUCUUUUUUGCUCUUCUGGUAAUAUUUAUUUCCUAUCUUCUCAUAUUUAUCACUAUCUUGAAGAUGCACUUGGCUAAGGGAAACCAAAAAGCUUUGUCCACCUGUGCUAGUCACCUCUCAGCAGUCUCUAUCUUCUAUGGGACAAUCAUCUUCAUGUACUUACAGCCCAGCUCCAAUCAUUCCAUGGACACAGACAAAGUGGCCUCUGUGUUCUAUGCUAUGGUCAUCCCCAUGCUGAACCCUAUAGUCUACAGCCUGAGGAACAAAGAGGUGAAAAGAGCAUUCAAGAAGGUUUGGGGGAAGGCAAAAUUCUCGUUAGGAUUUGCAUUUAAUGUUGUACUAUGUAUAAUAAUGUAG